AUGCAAGAUAUUUCCAUAUUAGAAAAUUUAUUACUAAAGCCAUAGGAAGAAGCUUUUAAACAUUUAGUCAAAGGAUCUGAUGAAUAUUAUUACUUUUUUUUCCUCAAACUCUUCCACGAAAAAGGAGCUAAUUUAUCUAAGGAGGAAAAAGAACAAUUAAGAGAAUUCAUAUCCAGAGACACCUUACUUUCAGAAAAAAUAAAAAAAAGAAAAAUCUUUGCAUAAUUAGACUUGUAUUCCAAUGAUGCAGUUAAAAGAAACAAAGUGCUAGGAUUAUUAAGAGAAUAUGUAUUUCAUAUUGAGUAUUAUAAUGAUGUAGAACCUCAACCUUUUUACUUAAGUGAUGUAUCAAGGUUAUUAUUUAUCUAAAAUUUAGAGAGGAAGAACAAGAAUAGGAAUAAGAAUAAGAGAAGAUAAUCGAAAGGGAAGAUAUUAUUGAAACCGAAGAAGUAAAUUAGAAGUAAGAGAACCAAUAAUCAGAUGACAACAAUUAUUAAAAAGAGAUAGACAAUAGAAGAUCAUCUGGUAGCGAAAAAGAGGUUGUUUAAUAGGAAUAAGAGAUUUAAUAAGAUGAUUAAUUGCAAAUAGCAGGCUCAUCAUAAUAAUCAGUGGGUGAUGAUCAGGAUAAAUCUGAAAAUUAAGUUGUUGAAUUAAAGGAAGAGGAAGAGCAAUAGGAUUAUGAAAAAUACUAUCCAUCCUAAUUUGAAUAAUCCUUGAUUAGUUUGACCACUAUGUUAGAAACCAUUUACACAUAUUCGCACGUUUAUUUAUCUUGGCUAUAACCUCAAUACUACCAUCUUUUAGAUAUUGAUCGAAUGUUGCAAUUGAAUAAUCAAAAUAUUGUGGAGACAUACUUAGAAAGAGCUGAGAAACUAGAUGAGUAAAUAUUUGUAAAUAAUUAGAAAUCCGGAGGUUUUGAAGUUAUUUAAAUAUCUUAUGAGUUAAAAACAGGAAUCAAGGAAGCUAAACUAAUUUCUACGAAAAUUAUCUGAGGCAUAAUUAACUGAGUUAUCAGAAUUUAAACCUAAAUUAUUGGAUGACAAGGAAUUUGUGACAAUAUUUUAGUAAAUUAAAUUUGAAAGAAAAAUAAAUUAGGUUAAGGAUGAUAAAUAAGCAUUUUAUAACUUAAAGGAGGCUUAAACAGAAUUUUUAUUUAAAUUAUCACCAAAGUUUUAAGAUAUGAAGAUUAGAGAGUUGAAUUCCUUAAUAGAAUUUGGAGCCGAUAAUAAAAUNUUAACUUGGCAAGUGAAUAAAUUAAUUAUCAAAAUAAUGCUCCACCCAUUAUUUAAUUAACAGAAUUGA